AUGAACUCUCCCAUUCAGUUGACCGUCAUCGGUUGCGGCGUGCUUGGCCGAGGUAUUGUAGAGGGUUUAUUGUCCGAAUCUACGCCUUCACGAUCCUACAGACUGGCCUUGACUGGUCGUCGCCCCGAAGCUCUUGACGGCCUGCGAAAGGAUUAUCCCUCGGCCCUCGUGACUGGAGACAACAAGGAUCCCCUCAUCUGGUCGCUCAACGAUUACAUGAGAAGCACCCACAUCGUGGUGAUUGCGACAAAACCUCACUGCACAGCGGAGGUUUGCGACGAGAUAACUCAAGCUUUCAAGGCAGCCGGUGCCACGCAGCAGUUGGUUGUGGUUACUGUUUGCCCGGGUAUCACUGUUUCGCAGCUUGAGAAAUGGCUCCCUCGAGAAACGCCCAUCAUGCGUACCAUGCCCAAUACCCCCGUUGCGGUCAAGAAAGGUGCCACGGCAAUCUUCUCUAACCAGCACAUGACUCCUCACCUCGCGGCCGAGGUGCAAUUGAUCUUUGAGUGUAUUUCGCCGGUCGUUGCGACGCUCCCUCGGGAGGAACUCAUGGACAUAGCCGCAUCCGUGUCUGGAUCCGCUCCGGCCUACGUCUAUCACCUUCUACAGUCAUUGGUCGCAGCAGGAACGGCUCAUGGUCUCCCUGCCGACAUCGCCCAUCAGCUCGUGGUCCAGUCCUGCAUGGGGGCGGCCCUCUUGGCCCAGAGAUCCCCCGAUAUCCCGUUGCAGCAGUUGGUCAAUGACGUAUGUGUCCCAGGCGGAAGCACGGAAAAGGCGAUUCGGACCUUGGAUCGUCACGACGCGGGCAAGAUUGUGCAGGCCGCUGUGGAGGCGAGCUGGAAAGCGAAUGUUGCAAUGAGUGGAAAUCGUACUUCCAGCCCCGCACCUACUAAGACCCUGGAGGGCACAGCGGGAAUGACGGCCCUGGUAGAUGUGGUAAAGGAAUGA